AAACCCCCUAAACAUAUAUAAAAAUCCCAUUUUGCAUACAAAUUAUCCAAUCACAUCCCUCUAUUAGAUCCGUACAUUCUAGGGCUUCUAAAUCAACGAUUCCUUCAAUUUCAACGAAAUCUUUAAUAUCUGUGUAAACAAUUUGUAUCAAAUUCUUUCAAUAUGAACAAUCAUGAUAAACAACAAUCGGUUAAUGAUCGAGACGUUGAUGAGAAUCAGAAGUUAAUUGAAGAUUCAUCGUUGGAUGCAGUUUCUGGAGAUUUUUCGACGAGACGGAACGGUGACGGAGUCGGAAUUGCCGCUCGUUUGACCGAUUUGUUAGCCGGAGAUAACGGUAACGAUGACGAUGACGAUUUGUUGAUUCAACGGAUGGUUAUGCAGUGGCUACAGGCGCUUGACCUGCACGUGAUUGGAGCGUGCCGUGCGGAUGAGAGGUUGAAGCCGUUGCUCAAGGUUAAUGUUUCCAGUGGUGUUGCUGAGGAUCGAUUGUUGUCGCAUUUGAGUCAGCACUUUGAGCCAUCAGAACUUGGAUUGCUUGCAAGGUGUUUGUGUGUUCCGCUUGUGUCCGUUCGCGUUGGCAGGAUCGACAAGCAAGGAACUCUUCUAGUUCCAAACAGUGCAAGGGGAAAUUUAACCCUCUCACUCUUGCCAACAUCUGAUCUGCGCAUAUCGUUUCUUGGAGAUGAUGGUCGUGUAGAGCAUCUUUCAACCUUGAGAAAUAUCUCCGAUUGCUCGUCUGUCGUGAUUGAGGGAAUAUCUGCAGAUACUUCCGGUCGGUCUUUCAUGAUUAAAGUUCCUACUAGUGCUAAAUGUUUUUACCUUUGGUGCUCUGAGAAAUCCAGACUUCUUGGUAACGAGUUGCUUGAUAAGAUGAAGAAUUUACUUGAAACGAAGCCUUCCCUUGCUGAUUUAACCGGAAUUAGUGAUUCUCGUCUUGAUUGUUUUGUGACUCAUCUACGAACUUAUCAUGUUGGUUCGAAUAUUCAAGUGAACAACACCGCACUUGUGUCGUUGACUGGUUCCCCUUCAACAACCUCUCUAGAUCUUGGCGAAACUGGUAAAAGUUCAUCUGUUGAUACGGUUUCUGUUUCUUCAAGUUGUACGAAUAUACCAACUUCAAAUCAAUCUUUGAAUGUAAAGGUUCCUGAAUUAGCUAUUGACACUCAAAUGUUCCCAUUGGUAGUUGGGAUAGAAGUUGAUUUAGACGAGAAAAAAAUUGACCCACCGGCAAACGUAAGCUCAACGUCUCCAAUUUCUCCUUAUUAUAGCUGGUGUUCGCCUGUUGCAUCUGCUCUCCAAUACGCGGUGGCACCUUCGCAGAUGAUGAUGCCCAUGUCAAUGGCUGAGUCAUUUACGUUACCGCCCCUUGCUUCACUUUUAACACCAGAUCCAAGUCUUAAUCUGGAUGAAAUCCCACCUUUUUUACCUGAACCGAUGGUUCGGUUGCCCAUGUCUAUACCAACGUCGCAACAGAUCCCGAUUUUCACUCCCUUAAUGACUGACCCAAUAGUCCACAUCCCUGUAAUGGACAUUUGUUCCUCGGGGCAAACCUAUCUGAUGAGUGCUGGCCCUGCUAUGAAUGUCACCACACUCAUGAGCCCGUUGAUCCAAGAAACUGAUUCUAUGGCGGAGAAGAGUGCAAGGGAUACCCUCCGGAUGCUAAUCAGUGGAACAAGUCAGCUGCCUUCGGUUCUAGCCAAUGUUGAUGAGGACCAAAACAUGGGUCUGUACGGGGACGUGAACCAUGCACUUGCAAAUGGCAUUGCGGCUAUGGGUUUGGUUUCACUGACCGAGAAGUCCGGUGGUAUUAUGAGGAUGUGCCUUGACCAAGGUGAUCUGGCAGGUGAGACCGUAGACUCUGGUGGAACUUGUCGAACCAAAGAUAACUCGGAUUUAGGGGAUGGAAAAAGCAAGUAAUAUGAAUAUGCAACGGUUUAAAAAGAACAAGUGUAGAUAUAUGAUACAUCUUCUUUUGUACUUCAUGCAAAUGAUUGGAAGUUAAUCACAUCAUAUCCAUAUUUUGACCA